UGAGAACACACACUCAAUUACCGCGAGCUGGUGCUUUUCUGCGAGUCGACCUGGCUCCCAGUAAAGAAACAAAAAACCGACUCGUAUUGCUGUCAUGACAUACAAACGCAUCAUUUCCAAGCUAGGCUCUCGCUUGAAGACACAAUAGGCCUAAAAGCCUACGGUACAACUAUACCGCGCUAUUCGUCGAUAGAAUGUUGGCAACGCGGCGCCUGGAGAUCUGUACACGGCAGUACUUCGUACAUGUCUCACGCAGUAGCACCGGCACCAGCUUUGCAUCGCGGUUUUUGUGUCGGCACAUCCGUCAGGUACCGUCCGCUCUGGGGGUGCCCAACGUUGCGCUGCCUCUUUGGCCACACCAGGGGCUGGUUGCUGCUAAGGACGCUUGGCAGGAUCUCGUCCCGUCCUCAGCUUGGCAAGGAUCUGUCGCGCAAUCAAAAGUACCUACUGUACGGAUACUCCGUAGUCCUAACCAUUUUGACCUUUUUCUUUCUCUUUCUCUCCCGCCCCCAGCGCUAAGCCAAUGCAGGCAGUUGGCCUCCAGAACGAGAAAACCUAUAGCUAGCUCUUACCCAGCAUCGUUGGAUGGCAGUGGUGUCUCACAUUUGAGAGUCGGAGAAUGUGCAGCAAUCUCGGGUCAUGCACUCCGAGACAAAAGAGAUGAUGAGCCUGCCAACUAAAUGAACAAUCAUUGAACUCUGAUAUGUUAACGACUUCGACCUUCACACCCGUCUUGAACACGUCCCCAUCGCGCUAUGUAUUGCCUAGCUCUGAGGGGAGGAGACUCUGACGUACUAGACUCUUCAGUAGCUUAUUCAUAUUAUCCACGUCGCACCUCGCCCGAUGAUCUG